GAUUGAGGUUAUAUUUCGAAUCGGCAGCGGUUUAUGUCUUCUUAAACCUAACCUGAAAGUAAUAAAGGAACAAUAAACUGUGAAUUAAGACCUUGAGAUAUAUUCGAUUAGUUUAUAGAAUAUUGAAAAAUCAUUUCGAUCUUCUCAAGAAAAUGUUAUUUAAAAUCGAGAAUUAUGCGAUUCGUUUGUCCUCACGAUUCUUACGACGAUGUUUUUCAAAAAAUUUCGACGUUCAACCGGCUGAUGUGAAAGAAUUUGUAUCACAUCCCAACCGCAACUUUCUGUCUACAUGUCAGGAAUGUGAAAAAUGUCUAAAGAUUGCUAUUUUAGGCGCACCUAAUGCUGGAAAAAGCACACUUAUUAAUCAGCUGAUCAAGAGAACGAUAUGUCCAACAUCCAGUAAGGUACAUACUACACAAGCUAAAGCAGAUGCAGUUUACUCAGAAGGCAACACACAGUUGAUAUUUGUAGAUACACCUGGAGUAGUGUCAAAGAGUGAGUUGAAACAAUACAACUUGGCCACAAGUUUUCAGAAAGACCCUAAAACUUCCUUGCAAGCAGCAGAUAUCAUAGGAGUCAUACAGGAUAGUUACAAUAUAUUUGCAAGAAAUAAGAUCAAUUCAAAUAUAUUACAAUUGUUAAAGGAUCUGGACAAUGAAAUUCCUAUGAUUCUGAUAUUUAACAAAGUAGAUAUAUUAAAAAGGAAAGAUAUAUUGUUACAUCUUAUAACAAUUCUAGCCAAGAGCAAGAAUUCUCUAAAAUUUGCAGAUGUAUUCAUGAUAUCAGCUUUGACUGGAGAUGGUGUUGAUGAUUUAAGGACGUAUUUGUUGGAUUCGGCCAAGCCACGCGAAUGGUAUUACAAGAGACAUGUGUACAGCAAUCAGACAUGUGAGGAUAUAAUACAACAGACAGUGCGAGCAAAGCUAUUGGACAAUCUGCCGCAAGAGAUACCAUACAACAUGCAAGUAAAGCUAGAACAUUUUGAUCCUAGUCCAGAUGACAGCGUCAGUGCCUCGGUAUCUGUUACAUGUUCCACCAAGCGCAUUUGCGGCAUUUUAUUAAAAUUUAAGGGCAACAGACUUAGGAAUAUUGCACGUACAGCUGAAGAGGAACUGCGACAUGCCUUUCGAACGUCAGUAAAAUUGAAGAUAAAUGUACAAUCUGCGAAAUAAUUCACACUUGUUUUAAUCUAUUUGCAAGUAAACUGCUCUUUUGU